UAUAACAGGAUCAUGACCUAGCUGUUUUCGAUCCGACCCAAUAGCUUCCUUUCUCAUAUUCCCAGUUCGCAAGGGAAAGCAGCAGAGGGUUGAGAUGGGAGCAAUAACGAGCGCGGUGGUGGCCAUGGUGGUGGUGAUCCUGGGGUGGAUCACCAUCGAGAUCGCCUGCAAGCCCUGCCUCGAGCAGGGCCGCGAAGCCAUCGACCGCGCCCUCGACCCCAACUACGAUCCGGACUCCUCCCUCAUGUCCCAGAACCGCCCCACCGCCGCCACCGAAGAACCCCUCCUCGGUCCCGCCCCUUCCGCCACGCCCGCCUCGAGUAUCAAGUGAUCCGCGCCUCGCCUCUCCUUCUUGACCAGGUAACGUUGCCGAUCGAUCUUUGGAUGACCGUCUUUGUACCCAUCUGUUCUACAUGUUUGUUGCCCCUUUUCUUUCUUCUCGAGGAUUGACAGGCGUUCUGCCUAAUGAAUUAUAAUAGCUGGGUGUUGAUCUAUCUUCUUCUUCUUUUAUCCUUACUUGUUCUCUAUUCUGAAUUUGAUCUGUCACUAUUUCCUAUGAGUUUGUAUUAAGAAACACGGUGUUGCUGGCGCACAAGAAAGAAUCCAAGAUUGUGUUUUUAU